CGAGUAUAUCGAGAGCACAUUAAUAGCUUCUUCAGUUUCGGGUUUUGUUCACAAGUUGAUAACUUGAAAUGUUAAUCUUUUAAAUGAACAAUUUCCGUUUAUGCCUUCGUGCCUGUCUGUAUCUUUCGUAUCGAAAUACGAGUACUCGUACGAGCGUAUAGGGGCACCCGACAACAGUAAUUAGGCGCCGUACAAAAGUCAUGCAUGAAUCAAAGCAUCGUCAUCGCUUCACUCUCGUCUCCGAACGCUGGCAUACCGUGCCGUUCUCGUUUGCGCCGUUGCUGUGGUUGCUGCUAACCCAGAUCGCGUCCGGCUCACAGCACAGUCCAGCUCAGCCUCAGCCUGACUUAUUUUCGGAUACCGCCGUCGACAGGUUGUACUCAUUUGAUAGCAUUGUUCGGCUAAACGAAGUAAAUAAAACCAACUCGGAGAGUGAUUUGGCCUUCCAAACCAGUGGAAAUGUACGACUUUCGGUUAUUUGGCAAAAUCCAGAUGAUCGUUUGGAAAAGUUGCUUCAAUUUAGAGUAGAUUCGUUGAAAAUUACGUUGAUCGAUUAUCGAAAAAAUUCAACAUGGAAAUUCGCUCAACAACCGAUCAAAUCUUUGGACGGUUUGAAGAACGACCCAUUUCUCGUACAUUGGAAAAAUUUCAAAAUCAAGGACGUGUACCUGAAUCCGACAGAAGACGUAUCGUUGAGAAACAUCAAAAAAUCAGUGGCCAGCUUAUUUCAGUUUCAAAAGCAUCACGUUCACGACGAAGAAUGCGACGUAUGCGGAGCAUGUUCCGUUACUUACGAACUGGUCGAUUCAAAAACAAUCUUGAAGACGAAAAACAAAUGUAUAUCGCACCUACCCGAUAACCAGCAUCCCGAAAAGAUGUUGGGCACGAGUACGAACGUCAACAGAAGAGUACUGUAUCAAUUCGACGACGACAAGAUGAGCGAUUUGGUUAGAGCAACGAUGCACGAGCAUAUCGAUCUAAACAUCUACGUGAAGCAGGAAAUUGGCGCUUCAGCCGCAGCUACCAUGGAUCUCAGCUUGAUCAGUACUAGUUCUUCGACCACUAACGCUAAAAUGUUACCAUAUAAUUCGUAUGAAAAAGUCAUCAGCCAAACUGUUGCGAAUCUUAAACUUAAUUUGAAACCAGAUAACUUGUACAUCAUCGAGGAACCUACUCAGUCGACCGUCAAACCGUUACCAAAAGUGAUCAAAGAUAAUCGAGAGUUCUUAAAAAGUGGAAACUUGGGAAACGUGAAAUCUGCUUCGGCUUUUUUAGCUGUGCUGAGGUCCGUUGUUCAGUCUUCCGAAGAAGAAAUAAGCAAAAUUCUCAAGAACAAGAAAAACGAACCCAUCAUCGAACAAUUUAUGGAUGUACUGGGAUCAGCUCAAACGUUACCUGCUCAUAAAGCUGUUCUAAAACAUUUCAACUUCGUGAAACCUGGUUUGUUAUUGGAUGCUGUCGAGCGAUAUUUGUGGUCUUUAUCUGUCGCCAGGAAGCCAAAAAUUGAAUUUGUCCAAGAUUUGAAGGAUAUUAUAAAUCAAAAACCAAACGAUGUAAAAUUAUUAGAUUCUCUAGUCCUAUGUUUAACCGCGAUGGCGCGCAAAAUUUCAGAUGAUGUGGCGUUGGAAGCGUACUCUUUCGUUACAGAAAAAAUGUCACAAUGCAAACAAGACGAUCGUUGCAAAAUAACCUAUAUAAGGUCGUUGAAGAAUCUAAGAAAUCCUCACUCAAAAUCGCUGUUGUUGGAUUUCGCUUUGAAUGGCACCAGAUCAGUGAGCGUAAAUGCUCUCAAAGUGCUGUACGCGUUACCACAUUCCGUCUGGGAUAAACAAGUGCUAUCAACCAUGGAGAGAAUCUACUACCAAAAGGACAAGAAGUACGACAGCAGUAGCAGGGUGAUCGCAGUCGAUAUUCUCCUGGACGCCGAUCCUAGCGAACAAACUUUACGACAUUUGGUGAAAUCUUUGCAGUCUCAUAGCGCUUUUGAGAUACGAAAAUACCUUCUUCAAAGACUCAAUCAAAUCGCUUCCAACGACCGUAAAUUUUCCAAAAUUUUCAAACACCUGAUGAGGGAUGAAAAUCUGAAUCAUUACGGCGUUAUGGCUCAACGAGGUUUAUCGAAUGCGCUGAGCAGGACGUUUUCGGAAGAUCCAAGCGUGAACGCUACACUCUUCUGCGUCAAUCAAGUCUCAAAAGGGGUGCUCAAAAGAGGCCACGUUAGCGUUGCUUUGCAAAGAUUCAAUGAUACGUUGAAAGUGGGCGCAUUAGAUAUAUUCACCGGCGGAUUGAGCUCUUUUCUGUGGUCAGAUGACACAACCACUGUUGAGGACGAGCUCGACGAGCCAGAAGAUUUGACAGCUGGCUUGGAAGCGUCCGUUCUGGGUGUGCAAAUUCGACCAUUUGUAUUUUUCAACGGGCAUGGUGAACUUAUGGGUCACAUUUGGUCCGGAACAGCCUCCGAAAAAACAACCGCUUUACAAGGCACAGCUCUGCUCCACGAAGCCGACCAAAUGAUUGCUUUAGGUACGGGGAACAUAUUGAAAUUUCAACUAAUGGGCGCUGGUUCUUACGAUUUAUCUGGUCAAAUUCAAUUCAGUCUUUGGAACAGAAAUGCCCACGCUUUUGUCGAAGCAGUCGCCGGCGGCUCCGUAGAAGGUACUCUAAAUAUAAGUUCGUCAUUCAUCAAAAAUGGUGUCGAUUUCAAAGUAUACUCGCAACAGAAAGGUGAAAUGAACGGUGAUCUUGACUUUUACGACGAAGUAGCCUUUUGUUUGAGAAUUUCCCAGUUGGAUUCCGUAGUGAGAUUCGUUGGUGAGAAAUAUCAAAAACUAGCGGAUACCAGGUUUGUUCGUAAGCAAAGGAGACGCUUGAAAUUGGUAGUUCCAGGACGAACAUUUGCACUGAAUCAAAAGAACAACGAAAUGUGUAACGAUAUACUGAAAAGUCAGCCGUCCUGAAUCGUAUAAACUAUCUGUCUGAUUUUUAAACGCAUCCGUUAUCGAAUCGGAUUUCCUAAUUUAUUUAUUUAUUCAUUUGAUUGUUUGUUUGUUUGUUUCUGUUUAUUUUUGGUCACAGAAACAUAUUUUCAAAAUUAUCAUAACUUAUAAGCAAACACACAGUUACAGAAAGGUACACACUUACACCAAAGAUCUGCUCUGAGUGAUGUACCAAAAUAUUUGUGAUUCAUAUUGAUAAGAUAUAGGUAUACCUACCUAAGCAAUCAGCAUGAUGGAACACCCAUCAUAGCUCAGAUUUAGUAUUGAAUUGAGAAAAAAACAAUCUUUCAAAGUAUUACUUUACUUACUGUACGAUAAAACUCAUCGUUUAAAAAUAUUUAAUCGUUAACUUAUACGCUAAUUUAUUUGCAAAAUUGUUUGUGCCCUGUUUUUUUGGCCACUAUAUUUUUAUUGUAAUUGUUACUUCAUAAUUUCUAAUUUAUUUUAUUUCUGUUCACUUGGAAGGUAAUUUUAAACCAUUGGGUAGUGAGCAAAAAAUAACAUCACAGCACUGAGUGCAGAUGAAGAUACCUACUGAUAAUGCUCCCGAACAAAAAAUUGGUCUAAAUAGAAAAAGAAAGAUGAAAUUCUAAGUACACGACUAAAAACCCAUAAACUUUGUAAUUGGCAAUCGAGUACAAAAUGUUGGUUCGAUUUAUCAGAUUAUUUUAAAAUUCAGAAACUUGAUUUGGGUUGGGGGGGGGGUAGAUGAAGGAGAUGACUCGCCCUUUCGUGGACAAAAUAAGCUUACAUUUAUAGCAAAACCAAACAAAACAAAUCAUUGGAUUGGCCAUUAGAGUGCAUUUUUUGGUUACCAAAUUGUAUAAGAGAAUGCUUAACUUUACGUAUGCUAAGAUAUUGUAAUAGUUUUUCAAAUUGAAUAACGAUGUAAGCGAGCAUUUAAUCAAAUAAAUAAUUACUCAUCUCAGGAAAACGCAUCAUUUUCAAAAAUUAUUUUCAAUUUCAAGCAACAUAAGUACCUUCACAGUUCUGAACUAGAGAGCAUUUGGGUAUUUGGGGAGAUAUGGUUAUGAUGGAUUGCGAAAAAAAUGUGGGGGGGGGGAUUUUGACCAAAAUCAGCGCAGAUCUUUACUUCGAGUUGAAUGUCACACAGAAAAUUUUUUGUCAGCUUCGGAAGUGCUCUUUAACAGGCGAUAUGGGUUAUCAAAGAGAGGGAAUUUUCAAAAAAUUGUGGUUUUUUCGGUUCAUUAGUUAUAUAACCUGUUUUGGAAAAAAUGGCGCAGUUUCGAAAAAUAGCAGUUCAGAUUCUGCGUCAAUUUAGACAAUUGCUGUUGAAAUCCAAAACGACUUUCUUUCAGGAUUCUACAGAGCGGUUGAAAAUUUGCAAAUUGCUUAUUUUUAGACAGAUUAUUCCUGUUUUGAAAAUCACCGAAAAAAAUACCUAGCCGAUAACAUGACAAAUUUCUUGAGUUUUGAAAUGUACUACAGUGUCCAAAAAAUUGGCUUGAAGAAUAUACCUUCAGACGUGUGAAUAUAAAUUGGUCUCACAAGGUUUGAUACGGAGAACUCACAAGGGAACCUCUUAUUUUUGAAAAGAGCAAGGUCUAAAACCCCCAAAACCAAAUUUUCAGCAGCCCAACUUCAUUUUUCGAUUUUUGGCGGGAACGUUUGAAAAUUCAAAAUUGGCUGUUUUUGGUGAUUUAUGUUUCAAAAAAAAAAAAAAAAAAAAAAAAACAACAACAAA